UUGUGAAGGAAUUUCGUGAAUAUUUGCUGGCGCUUUGUUUUGUGUGUUUGUGUGUGUUCGAGACACAUUCAAUGCUAAAUUAGAGUGCAGAGUGGGCUCUGAAAGGACAAAUAGCACAGCAAUGCAAUGAAACUGCAGUAGGCACAAAUUGGAAAUAAAUGUAAAAGCCCACAUCCAUUUCGAAUAAAUCCAAAGAAAAACUCAAAACAAUUUUUGCAGCCAUAUUACAAAAAGAAAUAUCGGGCGAAUAGAAGUGCUUAGAUGUGCAACAACUUUAUAAAAUAUAUAGUAUGUAUACAAAUACAACACUUUUAAGAAAAUACUGCGGAAAGGAAAGCUCAACCCAAAUUGUUAUUACGCACAAGGAAACUUAAGUUCAAACAAAAGGCAGCAGCGCUGUCGUAGGCGCAGCAGGAAGCAGAAGCAGAAGCAGCGGCCUCAAGCACAACGCCAAACAAAGAAGUAAACACACACAAAAGACAGAGCGAGAGCGCAAAAGGGUGGCCGUCUAAGUAAGCGAGAGAGAGAGAGAGAGAGAGAGAGCGAGAGAGAGCGAGAGAGAGGCAAGUGCGGUGCAGCAGACGGAAGCGCACAGGAAACGCUGCGAAAGUGCAACAGCUGCGGAAAACUAAAACAAAAGCCAAAGCCAGGACAGAGGCCAAGUGGUGGCGGUAGUGUCUGCAGGGGAGGACUAAUAUAUUUAUAUAUAUACACGCACACUCACACACAUACACACACACUUAUACUUACAUACAUACAACGAAUUGAAAGCAUGAGUAGUGCAGAGUAUACACGACAGCUUACAGCGGCAGCAGCAGUUACAAACACAACCGGAUAAUAGGCAUAAAAGCCAGUAGGAGCAGCAGAAGCAGCAGAAACAACAACAGCCAGCAACAGUAGUAACAGAAGUGAAAGAUCCAACAACAACAACAGCAACAGCAACAACAACAACAUUAACGAAAGCACAGAGAGCUAAGAAGCGAGCUGAGCAGAAGGACGCGAGGGGAGCGCGUGUGGCAUGCAGCUCGAAGAAUAACGUUGCGAAAGCGUCGAGGUCGAACAAUAGUCGCAAAUUUGCAUGUGAAGACAGAACCAGAACCAGAAUCAGAAUCCGUUGCCCAAUCCCAAGCCCACGGCAAAGUGCAAGCCAGGCCAGGCCAGGCCAAGACAGGACAAGGCAAGCCAAGCCGACUGAGAGUCGCGUCGCUUCGUAACGCCUCGCCUCGCCUUGCCUCGCGUCGCGUCGUGCCACGUCUCUGUUAAAUAGGACAGUUGGCUAAAAAGCGCCGUUAGCCACAUUCGUUAGCCCACGCAUUGCACGCGCCCUCGUUCGCCCCAUCGUCCCAUCGCCAGCUUCCGCUCAGCAUCAGCAUCAGCGUCAUCGGCAUGGCUUCAAUUAGCGCACAGUGCAACGGCGGUAGCUUGCCGCUUUAUGCCGCACUGCUCGUGCUUUUGCUGCGACUGUCCUGCGUCUGCGGCGUCAUCGAUCGUUUAGUAGUGCAGACGUCAUCCGGGCCGGUACGCGGCCGCUCGGCGACGGUGCAGGGCCGCGAGGUGCACGUCUAUACGGGCAUACCUUAUGCCAAGCCGCCCCUCGAUGAUUUGCGCUUUCGCAAGCCGGUGCCGGCGGAGCCCUGGCACGGUGUUUUGGAUGCCACGCGGCUGUCGGCCACAUGCGUACAAGAACGAUAUGAAUACUUCCCGGGCUUCUCGGGUGAAGAGAUUUGGAAUCCCAAUACGAAUGUAUCCGAAGACUGCCUCUACAUAAAUAUUUGGGCGCCGGCCAAGGCGCGACUUCGGCAUGGACGGGGCGCCAAUGGUGGCGAGCACGCGGGUAACAAGCAGGCGGAUACAGAGCAUCUCAUACACAAUGGCAAUCCGCAGAACACCACCAAUGGGCUACCCAUACUCAUUUGGGUCUAUGGCGGCGGAUUCAUGACCGGCUCGGCCACUCUGGAGAUUUACAAUGCUGACAUUAUGUCGGCGGUGGGCAACGUGAUUGUGGCCUCGUUUCAGUAUCGCGUGGGGGCUUUUGGUUUCCUGCAUUUGGCACCGGAAAUGCCACCCGAAUUCGCCGAAGAAGCGCCCGGCAAUGUCGGUCUGUGGGAUCAAGCAUUGGCCAUACGCUGGAUCAAGGACAAUGCACACGCAUUUGGCGGCAAUCCCGAAUGGAUGACUCUCUUCGGGGAGUCCGCUGGCUCCAGCUCCGUGAACGCACAGCUUAUGUCGCCGGUCACACGGGGAGUGGUUAAGCGCGGCAUGAUGCAAUCGGGCACCAUGAAUGCUCCUUGGAGCCACAUGACAUCGGAGAAAGCAGUGGAAAUUGGCAAGGCUCUGAUCAAUGAUUGCAACUGUAAUGCCUCUAUGCUAAAGAGUAAUCCUUCCGAUGUUAUGAACUGCAUGCGUGCUGUAGAUGCCAAAACAAUAUCCGUGCAGCAGUGGAACUCGUAUUCAGGCAUUCUCAGUUUUCCAUCGGCGCCGACCAUCGAUGGCGCUUUUCUGCCCGAAGAUCCAAUGUCUCUGAUGAAAAAGGCCGAUCUCAGGGAUUAUGAUAUAAUGAUGGGAAAUGUCAGAGAUGAAGGAACGUACUUCUUGCUGUACGAUUUCAUCGAUUACUUCGAUAAGGACGAUGCCACCGCAUUGCCGCGCGACAAAUACCUGGAAAUCAUGAACAACAUAUUCGGCAAGGCAACGCAAGCGGAGCGCGAGGCCAUCAUAUUUCAGUACACCAGCUGGGAGGGCAACCCGGGCUAUCAGAAUCAACAGCAAAUUGGACGCGCCGUUGGCGAUCAUUUCUUCACCUGCCCCACCAACGAGUAUGCACAGGCAUUGGCCGAGCGAGGCGCCUCCGUGCACUACUACUACUUUACACACCGCACCAGCACCUCGUUGUGGGGCGAGUGGAUGGGCGUUUUGCACGGCGACGAGAUUGAGUAUUUCUUUGGCCAGCCGCUGAACACAUCCCUGCAGUAUCGACCUGUGGAGCGUGAGUUGGGAAAGCGAAUGCUGAACUCGGUCAUUGAGUUUGCCAAGACUGGCAAUCCCGCACAAGAUGGCGAGGAAUGGCCGAACUUUUCAAAGGAGGAUCCAGUCUAUUACAUAUUCAGCACAGAUGACAAGAUCGAGAAACUGGCCCGCGGUCCGUUGGCGGCUCGAUGUUCGUUCUGGAACGACUACUUGCCGAAAGUCAGAAGUUGGGCAGGCUCCGGCUGCGAUGGCAAAUCAGGAAGUGCUUCCGCAUCCACAUCAGCACAAAGCAAGCAGAUUUUGGGCCUCGCGCUGCUCCUAUACACCGGAUUCGCCUUGCGAACCAAAGGAGUUUUCUAAAACAAAAUGCACGACAUGACACGUAGAGGAGCGAUAUAAGAUGAAAUAUUACUGACACCCAAUAAUACAGAUAAUUAGCGAAUGAAACCAAACAUCAAUGUCAAAUGUCAAAUAGAUUUGUGGAGGAGCCCUUUUUGGUUUUUGGUAGAUAUUGAACAUUAGAACUCCACAGUUGAGUUGUGCAUUGCAGCUGCAGAGCCAAUUGCUGAACAUUUGUAAAUGAAUUUAGUGCUGCACAAAAAACAAGUAAGAAAAAAAAAAAACAAAACACAAAUAUAUAUGUGUGUCGAAGUUGUAGUUGUAAUUGUUAGCUGUCCAGAUGUCCACUAGCCGCAGGCAAAGAUUUUGUUGCACGGAUAGAAGUAGAAUGCGGCUUGCCAUACAUAUCAAUAGGAAGGAGUUUGGCGCUAAAUUGUUUGCUGAUUUAAGCGGCUGCUGAAUAGCAAAAGUAAUACUAAGUACGAGUGUUUGUUGAAUCCACACACACACGUACACACACACACACACACGCACUGAAAUUGGAGGCCACGGCCGGGCAAAGCGCCUUAAGCGAAGAAUUUUUUGUAGCAUGCCGCACAUUGUUUAAUUUUUAUAGAAAUUGGCCUCGAACCGCACCACAAAAACUCUUGGCCCAAUGAAUUACCGAACCGAACCAAUCAACCAGAAUAGUAGGUUUUAUAAAAUAGAACAUGUUGGCAGCUGGAAUGAGGGCAGUCAUUAGGAACACUUUGAAAAUGUUUUUUGAUAAAUCGGGGACUGCUCGCUUCCACACUUUUCAAUUAAAGUCAAAGGAAGGAUGGAAUGAAUGAACAGAUUUUGCUGAAGCAGCCUUUUUUGCAUUUAUUUUUGGUUUGGUUUUGAAAUGCUGUAACCCUCGUUUGUUGGAGUACCAGAAAUUUGUAGCCGCGACCCUUUUAUGACAAACCGAACGAACACGCCAACCUUUGAACAUUUGAACAAAUUUGUAUUGCAUAUUGGCAGAAUUUUUGAAACAAACAAACAAACAAAGAACUACUACAAAUACCAAGCACAAAUCAAGAAGUAAUAUUCGAGUAUAAACAAAUUUCCGCAGUUUGUUGUCAAACACAAGAAUGUGUAAGAAAGUGAAUCGAUCAGAGAGGAGGAAGUAGGAAGUGUAGGAGUAGGAAUAAUAAAAAUAAUAAAAUAUUUAUAUGGCAGAACAUAUCAGUAUAUUAUAUAUAUAUAUAUAUACAUACAUACAUAUAUAUUAACAUAUAUACAUUAUUGUAUUUGUACUAAACGUUUUACAAAUUGGCUUAGUGAGAGCAACUAAAUAAAUGGAAACCAGAUUAUUAGUAAUUUUAUACACAUAGCGAAAUUGCAACAGAAACAACAACAACAACAAACAAAAAAAGAACAAGAACACAAAUAUGCAUUGUAAAAUAAAGAAAACAAAAAUAUAUAAACUUGGUAUGUCUAUAUCUACAAAUAAAUAUUGUUCGAAAUACUAUACAUAAAAUUCAAUCGAAAUCUUAGCGCAAUGAAGUAUAAGUCGAGAGAUUCAAAAGUGAAGAUUUCAAUAAUAAUUAAAAAAUACAAAAUACAAGUAAACUUAUAUUGCAGACUAACGAGCGAGCGUCAUUGAAAUCGUAUAAGAAGCAUAUCAAUGUGUAUUUACUAUUGAAAGCGAAAAUUUCAAAAUUUAUUAACCUAAGGAACACUGAUAUAAAUUAAGUUAUUUUUAUUAAUAAAUAUUGUAAUAAUACACAGAUAAUUAAUGUAAUAUUAUGAAAUAAAAGAUAGCUGCUAAUGAAAGUAUUAGACUUAUGAAGAACAGACAAGAAAACAAAACGAAACAAAACCAAACAAAUUAAAACAAAACAAAAAGUGAGCAGUAACUGUUUCUACCAAUAACAAUUACUAUAAAUGAAUGAAAAUGAAUAAAACACAAGCUAAAAUGA